AUAUUAAGUUGACAUUUUAAGAUACAUUCUGUUGAAGAUUGAUGUAUAGAAAGUUUCGCUUCUACUAUAUUUUAAUCUGCAGUCUAUUUUUUUUCUUUCCACUUUAAAACUUUGAAACCUUCUUUAAAACAGGUUACGCCCCACCACUGCAUUUUAUUAACAACCCGAUAGUAAAUGGUAUCCAUGGAAAGGAAGUAUAAAGCCUUCGCUUGCUCAGUCUUCAGUUUUGUUACAAUUCACAUCAAGUCUCAAUAAUUAUUUCUAUUUUUGUCCUAAUCUAACGCCCCAAUUUUCAUGAUGUACGCUGUCUUGUUAGGUACAAUUUUAUUUCUAUUUUUAUUACACUGCUUUAUAAAAUAUAGAAGAGUGGGAAGACUUUUAAGUCUUAUUUCAGGACCUAAGGAAUAUCCCAUAAUAGGAAAUAUGCAUCAUGUUCAAGUUGACAAUAAUCAUUUUCUUGAGGAACUGUGGAAAUUAGGUAGAGUGCAUUAUCCAAUUUACAAAUUAUGGAGCUUCUUCAUUUCUUCUGUAGUUUUACUCGAUCCAGAUGAUAUUCAG